UAUGCGAUAGGUUUGUUUUACUUUAAAUCUUUUGUGUUUUACUGUAGUAAUAAAUAUUGAAAUAUUGGAUAUGUAUUCACGUGAUAUGAAAACAAAUAAUUUAGCGUAAUUAUGUUUACUGCCUAUGGACAUGAAAUGACAGACGGCCUCUUCUGAUGGCAAAACUUUUUAAACGGUUAAGAAGUGGAGGCAAGGAAAGUUUGAAAGAAAGGCUUCAUGAAUUGGAAAAGAAACUCCAAACUCAAGAAGAAUGGUAUUCUAGGUUGGAGAAGAAAAAUAAAGACUUGUAUGAAGAAAAUACUAUUCUGAAAAGAGAUAAGGAUGACCUUCUCAGACGACUGAGCAAGAUAGCAGGUGACAAUAUGACGAAAGGAAAUCCAGGUAUUGCUGAUUUGAGUGACCAAAACAGACCAACAAAGCUUGGAGAAAAAUGGACGUCCCUAUACACUGACGAAUGGGCUGAUGCUUAUGAGGAACUACGACACGACGCACAACGAAACCAACCGAAAACUAUCGAAAGGCAGCUUCUGGAUAUUGUUGCGUUAUGCUACAAGAAAUGUCAUGAGAUUGCUGAAGACCAAAUACAAAAGGCCAGAUUUUCCAUGAAUGGAUUUGAACAUUACAUCAUUGACGACUCGCCAAUAGAGAGAAAUAGGACUAUGAUAUCACCAACAUCUACUCGACCAACCAGACUUGGUGAAAUGUUUAUUGAUGAAGUACUAAGUAAUUAUAAAACAAGAAGGAAACAUGAUACCGAUUGGAUUCAAUCCGUCCAAAGGAAACUUGUUUUUCAUAUCUCACAAAAAGGAAUACAGCUGCCUAAAGUUCUCGACUUCACAAGAAAAUGUGCCGAAUUGUGUUGGUUCAUGUGCGUCAAUGAGCCACCACUUGUGCUGGAGUAUGAAAACAUUGAAGGUAACCCGAUUGAUCGUAGCAAAUUUAAUCUUUAUGACAGGAAUGGAAGCGUUGCUGAGUAUGUAGUUUGGCCUGCUUUACUGAUACAUAAACAUGGACCAAUCUUAGCAAAAGGGGCAGUACAGCCAAUACAAUUAUAUACCAGUCCACCUGGUUAUAAACCAACGCCAACACCACCUGCACAUGAAAGCAGAAUUCGGGUAAUGAGCAAAACAGUUCGCGGACAAACCCCAAAUCCACACAGAGAUCAUGAAUCUAGAGGUUAUUCAUCAAGAAUUCCGGAUAAGCAUUAUUCAUCCAUGCGACUAGACAGACUUAGCAAGAGUUCUGGAAAUGCUAGAGAACCACAAAGACAGGGGAUCAUUUAUUACAACGAAAAAGCAAAUAUGAUACUCAAUGAUAGAGUUUCACCUCACUUCCAUGGUCAGCAACCAUUAAGUUAUAAUUUUGCUAAUGCAAAGGAAAUUACCGUCCACCAGAGUCCGAGGCCAAGGGUUUCAAAUUUUGAUGACCGUAUUUUAAUAGGUAGAAAUAAAACUUCUAUGGUUGUUCAACACGCAUCAAAACCCGACUUCUCAAAAGCUAUGUAUGGACCUCAAAAGAUUUUCGUUGCAAAUCAAACUGCAGUGUAAUAUUACGAGUGUGAUAAUCAAAAAUUGAAAUUGUUUUAAACAAUUAAAUGUUAACAUAAAAAAUGAUAAAGUAUUUAUGUUUAUAUUAAACAUUGAUAAAAUACUCUUCAAUCCGGUGGAUAAAACUAAUAACAUUGA